GUCAAAUUGAUUUAUCCCAUGCAACUCUACAAAAUGUAGACGUCAACGCAUUAAACACCGGCAUAUUAGUGUAAUUUUGUGAACUGUUUUUAAAGUCCGAGUAGUAUUUGCAAUAUGAUUGAGACACUGUAUAGCUUACCCUUCCAAAUCUUGGUGCCUCCAAAUAUUAAAAUUCGACGACCGGCAUGGUUUCGUAAACCUUCCCCAAUGGUUAUGUUUUCCAUUGUGCUACUGUCGUAUUUUCUCGUCACCGGUGGAAUUAUAUACGAUGUAAUUGUGGAGCCACCGAGUGUAGGAGCUACGGUAGAUGAACAUGGACAUUCUCGGCCCGUCGCUUUCAUGCCUUACCGAGUAAAUGGUCAAUAUAUAAUGGAGGGAUUGGCUAGCAGUUUUCUAUUCACUAUCGGAGGGCUGGGAUUCAUUAUAAUGGACCAAACACAUAUACCAGGAAAGACAAAUCUCAAUCGAUUUCUUUUAACCGCAAUGGGAUUUAUAUUUAUACUGGUUUCGUUCUUCACAACUUGGCUAUUUAUGCGUAUGAAAUUACCCAGCUAUUUGCAGCCAUGAGUAAAACCACCGAACAUGGUAAUGGCUGGUUUCUCGAACAUUUUUUUAUGCAAUUUUGCGAUCUACGUUAAAUAAAUAUUAUAAAGAAGUCCAAAAGCUAUGUCUAUAGUGUACAUUCUUACUUAAUAAUUUAAAACAACUGGUAUAAGUUAAA